GAGCGCAGAAGCGAAUCGAGCGUCUCCCCAGCUGCAGCCCGAGCGUUGUUGCAGCUCGUAGGCAAGUCCUUGCAGGGGAAUCCCGGGACGCUGUAGUUCUGACUCCGGAGCUGAAGCUGUCAAAUCCCUCUUGAGCUGGCCGGUACAGGGUCUGGGCGGGGAGAAAUGGACCAACGGCAGAAGCGGAGGCAUUUGGAGGCUUUUAAAGAGCGUCCUGGCUCUCAUUUCCUUUAGCCCCUCCUCGUCCCCUCGCUCAUCCCCAAAGAUUAGGGGAAUUCUCUGCCUCUUUGCCUCUUCCUAUGAGGGAAGGUGCCAGCAUGCAGCUCCUUGCCCUGAGGCCUUGGGCUCCCCUUCUUCUGACUGACCUGAUGUUACUGUGGCUAUUCCAGCCACUGGAAGGAAUUGUUUUCUUUCCAGGGCUCUCUGGGCUCUGGCUGGAGGGGGUUUUUCGGAUGGGAGUACUAUGGGGGGUUCUGAGUUUAUUGGGGGACUGUGGGAAGAUCAGGGAACUACUGCCUGUCUUGUGUCUGAGCACCCCCCUUUUCCUGUCUCUGAGGACUCUGGUUCCAGGGGCCCUGAGUGCCCCACCUGUGCUCCUAGCCUCAGCCCCUUGGGCCUGGUUGCUGGUGGCUUAUGGUGGGGCAGGCCUGGGCUGGGCUGUGUGGAAGAUGCUGAGCCCCUCUGAAGCCCCUUCCUCAGCACAGGAGAAGGAGCAAGGCCAGGAGAACAAAGCCAUGAUGGGGAGGCUGCUGAGACUGUCCUGGCCUGACUUGCCCUUCCUUGCUGCUGCUUUCUUCUUCUUGACUACGGCUGUCAUAGGUGAGAUGUUCAUCCCCCACUAUACUGGCCGUGUGAUUGACAUCCUGGGCCAGGACUUUGACCCUGAUGCUUUUGUCACUGCCAUCUUCUUCAUGUGCCUCUUCUCCCUUGGAAGUUCAUUUUCUUCAGGCUGUCGAGGAGGCCUCUUCACCAUCAUCCUCUCCCGACUCAAACUGCGCAUUCGGCAUGUGCUCUUUUCCUCUCUUUUACGCCAAGAUCUCAGCUUCUUCCAGGAGACCAAGACAGGAGAGUUAAGCUCACGCCUGAACUCUGACACCAUCCUGAUGAGUCGCUGGCUCCCUCUCAAUGCCAAUGUGUUCAUUCGGAGCUUGGUGAAGAUCAUAGGGCUAUACAGCUUCAUGGUCAGCCUCUCACCUAGGCUUACCCUCUUCUCUUUGCUUGAGGUACCCCUCUUGGUUGCUGCUGAGAAGGUCUACAAUGCUCGACAUCAGGCCAUGCUCUGUCAAAUUCAAGAUUCAGUGGCAGAGGCUAGACAGGUGGUGCGGGAGGCUGUGGGAAGUUUAAGAACUGUACGAAGUUUUGGGGCAGAGGAGAAUGAGGCCCAGCGCUAUGAGAAAGCUCUAGAACAUGGCCGGAAACUACAGUGGCGCCAGAACAGAGAAUAUGGCAUGUAUCAAGUCAUCAAGCGGGGACUUCAACUAGCAAUGUGGGCAUUGAUAUUGGACUAUGGGCUGAGGCAGAUCCUUGCAGGAAAGCUCACCAGGGGUGGCCUCCUCUCCUUUCUGCUCUAUCAAGAGCAUGUUGGGAGACUUCUGAAGAUCCUGGUGUGCAUGUAUGGAGACAUGGUGAGCAAAGUUGGAGCUGCAAAGAAAGUAUUCCAAUACCUAGACCGUGUACCACAGAUGCCCCCACCUGGAAUACUGGCUCCUUCUGUUUUGCAUGGCCUUGUGGAAUUUCGAGAUGUCUCUUUUGCCUAUCCAAGCAACCCCAAAUACUUUGUUCUCAAGGGAGUGACAUUCACUUUGCAUCCUGGGAAGGUGACAGCCUUAGUAGGCCCCAAUGGGGCUGGGAAGAGCUCAGUGGCUGCACUGCUGCAGAAUCUCUACCAGCCCACAAGAGGCCAGCUGCUGCUGGAUGGGGAGCCCCUGCCCCAGUACCAGCACCAGUACCUGCACUCACAGGUAUCUGUGGUUGAACAGGAGCCUGUACUGUUCUCAGGGUCAGUGAGGGACAACAUUGUCUAUGGGCUGGAGAGCUGCAAGGAUGAUGAAGUGAUGGCUGCUGUCCGGGUAGCCCAGGCUGAUGGAUUUAUUGCUAAUAUGGAGCAUGGACUGGACACAGCUGUUGGAGAGAAGGGGAGUCAGCUGUCUGCAGGACAAAAGCAGCGUCUGGCCAUUGCUCGGGCUCUGGUGCGGAAUCCCCGAGUCCUCAUCCUAGACGAGGCCACCAGUGCGCUGGAUGUAGAAUGUGAACAGGCGCUUCAAAAGUGUAUGCUGCAAGGGCAUCGGACAGUGCUGGUGAUUGCACAUCGUCUGCAGACAGUGCAGGCUGCUGACCACAUCCUGGUGCUGGAGCAAGGGAAGCUGGUGGAGCAGGGGACUCACACUCAGCUCAUGGCCCAGAGAGGCCUCUAUUACCACCUAGUACAGCAGUAGAUUGAAGAUUGAGUCUCUGGAGGAAGAGGGGAACUUUUUAUUUGAGAUUUGGGUUUGGUUUAGGGUCUUAAAUAUCCAGGAAAAGCUUUGCUUUGAGUACCCCUCAUUUCCUGAAUAAUAGCCACUGUAGCUGGGGAGAUGAUGGGCCCCCCAACAAGAUGAUGCACCUUAUAGGUGUACCCCUUCUCAGAGACUGGUGUUUCCCUGCUUCUCUCCAGACGUCUGCACAUAUGUGAGCAUAUGAGUCAAUAAAUCAUUUUGCUGUCACAUAA